UUCAGUAAUCAGUUGCUCGUCGGAGUAUGUCGUUUGUUUAUUAGUUUAUUAUUAUUUUAUUUUUAUUUUGCAGUUGGACAUUAUCAAAUAUUGUAAACAAACUCGAUUAGUGAAGGAUAUUUUAUGAUUUAGAGUAAUUCGAAUAAUUAUUCAUUUGUUAUUAUUUGUUGUUCUAAGUGCAUGGUGAAGUGACCUAACCUUACUUCAACGAAGUAAAACGAGAGUUAAAAGUUGUGAUAAUCAGAUCAACAAGGUUGACAGAAAUUCAUGUGAUAAGGACGUUCCGCUUCAUAUCUUAGAAAUUAAGUGUAUUCGGAUGGAAUUAGUGGAUUACUGAUCUCAAAGGUUAAAAUUAAAUGUAGUUAGGACCUACAUUAGAAAUAUAAACACGCUCAAACAACCUAGUAAAUAAAUUAUUGUUUUUAUUGGAAAACAAAUUGCAAAUCAACCUGAGAAAUAAUGAGAUAUUUCAGUGCAAAGGUGUAAUACAAAAGAAUUUUUUUAACAAAAUGCGCCCUCACAAGAAAACCAAAGAGAGCGGUUUUUUCGACGGUUCUUCAGAUUCAGAUAUUUUAAAGAUGGGCAAACCUAAUUUGCAAAGAACAAGAAUUUUUACUGUGUCCGAUGAAGUACGUGAGCCUGCUGCGAGGCCUGCUGCUGGAGACAUUAAGAAACAAACUCAGGAAUUGAAGUCACCAUCCCCGAAGCCAGUUGCGAAUGAAACGCCCCAGAAAAAUGCACCAAAAGUGAAUCUCAGCGGUACUGAAAAGGUGAAUAUGUCCAACUUCGAGAUGCUGAAAGUUUUGGGAACUGGUGCUUACGGUAAGGUGUUUCUUGUGCGUAAGAAAGGAGGCGCAGACCACGGACGCCUUUACGCUAUGAAGGUGUUGAAAAAAGCAGCAAUCGUCCAAAAGAGGAAAACAGCUGAACACACCAUGACCGAGCGUCAGGUUUUGGAAGCCGUCCGUGACAACCCUUUCUUAGUUACCCUCCAUUAUGCCUUCCAGACUGAUGCCAAACUGCAUCUUAUCAUAGAUUAUAUUGCAGGAGGAGAAUUAUUUACACAUCUGUAUAUGAAGGAAAGAUUUACUGAACAUGAAGUUCGAAUUUAUAUGGCAGAAUUAACUCUUGCCAUGGAGCGUCUUCACAGUUUGGGAAUAAUCUACAGAGAUAUCAAAUUAGAGAACAUAUUAAUAGAUGCUCAAGGUCACAUAGUUUUGACAGAUUUCGGUCUAAGCAAGGAACUUCCUAAAGACGAGGUGAAAUCCUAUUCCUUCUGUGGAACUAUCGAGUAUAUGGCUCCAGAGGUUAUAAGGGGCAGCGAAGACGGACACGAUAUUUCUGUGGAUUGGUGGAGUAUAGGCGUUCUCGCAUACGAACUCCUGACAGGGUCCUCUCCAUUCACUGUGGAAGGAGAGAGGAACAGCCAACAGGAAAUCACUAGGAGAAUUCUGAAAUCAGACCCGCCUAUACCUGAUUAUCUUGGAAAAGAUGUUGCAAGCUUCCUGUCAGGAUUACUUGAAAAGGAUCCUAGAAAAAGAUUGGGCGGGGGCAAAGACGAUGCUAAAGAACUGAAACGGCAUCCUUUCUUCAAAACAUUAGAUUGGGAAAAACUUUACAGGAAAGAAAUUCCAGCACCUUUUCGACCAGUUAUAAGAAACGAGUUAGAUGUUUCGAAUUUUGCUGAAGAAUUCACCACAAUGAUACCAACUGAUUCUCCUUGCAUUGUUCCCGAGUGUGAUGAAGAGGAUCUUUUUAAAGGAUAUUCUUUUGUUGCACCACCUAGAUCUAAUGAGAAAGCAAUCGAACCAACUUCCUACUCUUUUGAUCCAAGCGAUUUAGAAAAAUGUAAAGCAGAAAAAUCUGCGUUCUUCCAGAACUACAUCUUAAGAGAUGAUAUGCUAGGAGAUGGUGCAUUCUCAAUUUGCAGAAGAUGCACACAUAAACUUACAGGACGAGAAUAUGCUGUGAAGAUUGUGGAUAAAAGACACGAUUGCACACAAGAACUGAACAUGUUGAGAGCUUGUCAAGGACAUCCAAAUAUUGUCACAUUACACGAUUUUCACCAAGACAAGCGCUACAACUACCUUGUGAUGGAGUACUUGAAGGGUGGUGAGCUCUUCGAAAGGAUAAGACAAAAAAAGCAAUUCACGGAAGGUGAAGCAUCUUCUAUCAUGAAGAAACUGGUGAAUGCUGUCAGUUUCAUUCACUCCAGAGGUGUAGUUCACAGAGAUCUGAAACCUGAAAAUUUAGUCUUCACAUCUACUAAUGAGAAUGCAGAAAUAAAAAUAGUUGAUUUUGGAUUCGCCAGAUUGAAAGAAGAGAAGGAAGCACUUCACACACCUUGCUAUACACUCAAGUACGCUGCACCUGAGGUUCUUGAAGGUAAUCCUGAUGGCUACGAUGAAAAUUGUGAUUUAUGGAGUCUAGGGGUUAUUUUGUACAUGAUGCUCUGCGGUAGAGAUCCUUUCCAUGAGAAGUCCAAUGAUGGCAGUUACACCAGCAUUGAAGAUAAAAUAAAAGCAGGAGAUUUCUCCUUUUCACAUUUAGCGUGGAAUAAUGUAUCAACAGAUGCCAAAGUUGUGGUGAAAGGAUUACUCACAGUGGAUUCUAGUCAACGCUUACAAAUGUCUGAUCUACAACAAAACGCCUGGAUACAAGGAACACAGUCGCUGCCACAAACCCCAUUGAUGACACCAGAAUUAUUAGCAGUCAGCGAUUCGGCAGAAAGGAAAGUAAUUGAUACUUUCAAUGCUUUCCAUAAAGCCCAAAGGGAAGGUUUCAGACUGCAAGAUGUCCUGAGUGCUAAGUUAGCACAACGACGCAGACAGAAGAAGAGUUCCUCCGAUAAGGAUAGUGCAUCCUCAUCUAGAAGUUUUAAUAGUGAAGGAUCACCAAGAAGUAACCAACCUUCACUUGAGAAAAAGACUGAUGAGCUAUCUGCUUUAGACUUAUCUAUCAAAACGGCCGAAGACUUGGCUAGAGAGUCGACAGCUUCUAGUGGAAUUGUUGUUUCUGCUAAGAGUUCCUUAGACAAUCCUUUACCACCACGUAGAAAAAGACGCCCGAAAGUGGUACUAGAACCUACUAGACGUAGUGAAAGAAUACGAAACAGAAUGAGGGCGCAGCGUAUGGAAGUAGAUCUUGAAUUUGCUCCGAUGCAUAGAAAACGAAAAAUGAGUGACCAAACAGAUGACUUUGCCUACGGCUCUCCAAGUGUUAAAAAAAUCAGGACAGUCGCUGUAGCUAAAAGAAAAGUGAACCGAUAAUCAAUUUUUGUAUUUUUUUUUUUAAAUAAGAUACCUCAAGCCGUGCAUGAGUAUAUGUAAAUGUUGAAGGGUGCAGUGAAUUUCUUUAUUAUUUUUGUUAGGUCUUCAAAAUUGAAGUUAUUAUGCGGAGGUGUCUUAUAGAUUAUACGAUAUAAUUAUUAUAUCUAUAUAUCAAUAUAUACCUUAUUUUGCAACUGCCUUUACUUCAAAUAAAUUUAUAGAAAUUACUCAUAGAUAGAAUGUUACCUUAUAUUUCAGUAUUUCGAAAACUGAAGACAUUUUUAGCGUUUCAUUCCAAAAUUUGAUUUUUUUUCGUUUUCAUGUCCAAAUUUGAUUUGAUUAUCUUGAAUUUCUUGAGAUGAAAAAUCGAUUACUAAUCAAGCAUACUUUGAAAAUGUUCCACUUCCAGACAUCUUUGACUGAGUUGAAUAGUGGGAUUUAUAUUCAAUCAAUAAUUUGCUUCCCUACUUAAGAAAUAUUUGUACAAAAGAAUGUGAUUGUUAAUAAAUUAAAAUGAAAUGUGAUAGUGGUUUAGUGAGAGUUGAGUAAUUGAAAAUAACUAUCAUAAAAAACAUUUUAUAACUGAACAAUUUAUCAAUUGAACAUUGUAAUUUAUCUUGUUUUUGGUUUCUGGAAAUCCAAGGGGCCAGAUUCCUGAGAAUUGAAUAUGUUUAGCCUAUAUUUUUUUCUCUAUCUCACAUUGAUGCGACAAUAAAAGCAAGGGGUAGAGUCAAGUUUGAAAUAAGUUUUUGCGAAGAAAAAGUAAAGGCUUAAUUCACUCAUAUCCAGAAUGUCCCGAAAGUUGAGGAAGAAGUCGUCUAAGGGAGUUCCGAAUACCAAAAUGGUUGUUGGCAUAGAAAUCAUCAAUUGACUAUUAUCACGUUACCAUAUGAUGACUUCAUUUACGUACAAAAAUCUUCCAGCUGUGAAUACUACCUCAUUUUUAUUACAAUUUUUUUUAGAUUGAAUGCUGUCAUCUUUCAUACUGCUGGUUUAUUUUUUUCAGAAAUAUUCGUCAACUACCCCUAAAUUCCGCAACAAAACAAGUUUUAGAAUUGUUAGGUAAGAAAUCUCUCAAUCUCUUCCAAAAAUUUGUUCUGCAUCUGAGUUUUUUUGGGUCUUAUCUUUUUUGUUUGUUUCAACUUGUUACGAAAUAUUUAGAAACUCUUUUCAUUAUGGCUAUCUUGAGGGUGUAAACACCUUUCGCUCUAGGUUCGUCAGUGCAGAUUCAUUUAGAUUCUGUUGGAUUCUAUUCUUUUCUUUUUUUUAAGUAAUCUUCGUAAGGCAGUUUAGAAUCCAUGAAGCAAUUUCUGCGCAGAAUCAAAAUGAAUCUGUACUUAAGAACCUAGUGAGAAAGAUAGUGUACACUCUCAAAAAAGUCCUUGAUUCAAUAUUUUCAUUUCUAUACUUCAACUCGAUGAACUUAAACGUUUAGUGAAUGCAAAAGCUUAUUUUAAAUUUGAUUUCUCAAUUUGACCAUCUUGUCGAAUAAGUUAAUAACCAAAAGUGAUAAAUCACAUCCGAAAAUAAAUUACUUCUAGUCAAUCUAGUCUCCUGUUCAAUAAUUGAAUUCCGAUUCAUGUCCUUGUGAAUUUGCAAUGCAUGAAUGGAUCAAGACUUUGACUAGUUAUUUAUUACUUUUGGUGCAUUCUUUGAAAUUUUAUAAAUUUUUCUUUGGGGAGUUGUAUCUCUAUAAUUGUUAACAUUAAGUGCACUUCAUAGGAUGAAUUUGUAAGAAAGAAUAGAAAAUGGAAAAUACCAAAUACUGUAAAUAUUUAUAUAUUUCAUAUCUGUAUACUAUAUGUUUAUCAAAAUAAGCAAUUUUCUUAUGCAGAGAAAUACUUUUAAAAACUAUCUUGAUGAAUAUAUUAAGAUAUGAUGUUAUUGAGUAGUUAAUUGUUUCAACUAUAUUUCUUAAGUGUUAUCAUAUUUUAACAAUUUGGUUGGGAUUUCCUGAAUGUUUUUGUAGUAGUUAUGGUCCUUUUUGAUUAUAUUUUAAAUCUUCACCAAAAUUUAUCUUAGUUGAUAUUGAAAUUGAUCUUGAUUGAUCUUCAUCGAAAUUGAUCAUAAUGUAUUCCUAUUUUGAAUGAUUUAUUGUAUUGAAUGUAUAAUUAUAAUAUGAUUAUUUUACUUCAUGAUUUACUAUACACAUGUGACUAUGAUCUAAAAAUUUUUCAAUAUUAUUGCAUUACAUUUUUCUCAAUUUUUUUUUAUAUACUAAAUUGAUAAUAUGGUUGGUUUUAAUUGUCUCCUCUUGUUUUAUUGUAGGUAGGAUUUGAAUUUUGUGCACUCAGGUAUAUUUCACAUAAUUACCUAUAUUGUAACUGGUAUUUUUUUUUAUUUACUUAUUUAUAGAAUCAGAGUUUCUUUAAUAUAUUUGUAUGCCUAAGGAAUAUUAAGUAUGACUCAGUACUUUGAAAGACCAAGUGUUGAUGGUGCCUUGUUAUUCGAUGAAUAGGGGCUGUCGUACUUGUAGGCAAAAAAACCAUUGUAAUAUGCCUUACAUUAGUAUUAAAUGAGUAAAUUGAU